UUCGUCGAGCAGUAGGAAGCAAUUCAUCUCUCCGUGGGUGAGAAGGACGCGCUCGUGUUGUUUCGUUCUCAAGUUGAAGUGAACUUCAGCUAUCAGCGCGGCGUGCGCCCUGCGCGCAAAAGGAGCGUUUUUUAUUUGUACGGAUCUCGAGGCGCUGAAUUGAAUUGAAUUUAAAUUAGAAGGCCGGGGACAGCUGAUUCUGCUGUUUCUUCACCCAAAAUAUCUCCGCUUCACUUUAACCAUCUACAUCAAGGUGUGGGCGGACAUCCAUGGUUCCAUGUCCCCGCGAGAAGGCGAAUGUUCCUCCCGGGUUUGCGGCUUCAGAUCAGCGGUCAUCCUCUGAGUAAAGACUGUUGACGUCGCCGACUCAGCCCGAAGCACCAAGCGGGCGACCGUUCUCUAAAGCCCGCCUCGCUGUUCUUAUUUCCCCGGCGGUCCACCGAACUCUCUGUCAGUUCCUAUGAGCGCGGCGUUCAGCCCGUCCUCCUUCAUGGUGAUGCAGCGGCCCCUCGGAAGCACCACCGCCUUCAGCAUCGACUCGCUGAUCGGCGGGCCCCCGCAGCCCAGCCCGGGACACUUUGUGUACACGGGCUAUCCGAUGUUCAUGCCCUACAGGUCGGUGGUGCUGCCUCCGCCUCCGCCGCCGCCCUCCGCCCUGUCCCAGUCCGGCCUGCAGCAAUCCAUGCCGGCCGCGCACCCCCACCACCACCACCCGCUGCCCAGCUUGUCCCAGAGCAGCUUCUGCUCCAGCCUGGCGGCGCAGGGCAUGGCGCUGACCUCCACCCUCAUGGCGUCACUGCCCGGUGGGUUCUCCGCCGCCGCCUCGCAGCACCAGCAGCACCACAGCCAGCAGCAGGAGGCGGCCGCCCGGAAGUUCGGCUCAUCAAGGUCGCUGCACGCGGUGUUCGAGAAGAGCCAGGAGCUUCGCGGGGCGGACGGGGACGAGGGGAAGGAGUGCGCGCCGCUCCAAGGCUUCCACGAGUCGGACAUAUCCACAGCUCGAUCCCACGGGAAGGACGACGGCAAGGACGACGAGGGUAGCCGCAAGGACGAGAGCUACUCCAUGGACAGCGACCUGGACUACAGUUCCGACGACAACCUCACCGGCGGCUCCGCGUGCCAGAAGGACGACGGGGACGGCGGUGGAGGAGGAGGGGGGAUAAUGGACGGCCCGGGCGGCACGGGGAGCACCACGUCCACCGGCAAGAACCGGCGGAGACGGACGGCCUUCACGAGCGAGCAGCUGCUGGAGCUGGAGAAGGAAUUCCACUGUAAGAAGUACCUGAGCCUGACGGAACGCUCGCAGAUCGCGCACGCACUCAAGCUCAGCGAGGUGCAGGUGAAGAUUUGGUUCCAGAACCGUCGCGCCAAGUGGAAGCGCGUGAAGGCGGGCAACGUGAACAACAAGACGGGCGAGCCCUCCCGGAACCCCAAAAUCGUGGUGCCGAUUCCCGUGCACGUGAGCCGUUUCGCGAUACGGAGCCAGCACCAACAGUUGGAGCAAGCCAGGCCUUAAGGUCAAAGGUCAAGACGUGACUUAAAAGAAGCGCGUUGUUGAUGGCUUUUCCAAGACGUUUGAACCGCCUUCGAGAAGCGGAGGCCCCUGGGUCACGUGGAGGUAUAUAAAAAAAAUAGAAAAAGGGAAAGCCCAGAGCAGGUGAUGUUGACGUGUUGUUGCUUUACGAUCGAUCCGCCUGUUGACUGGGAUCGCACGGGCCAAAACACCACUCAACGAAGACACUUGAAGGGCCCUUAGGAGCCAAAUGUAAAUAUCCAGGAGCACCGGAUCUUGGGUGAUUGCGGGACCAAUUAAGGACAUUUUAAAUGAUAACUCCUCUGUAUAUUUAAUUCUAAUGACGUUCUGUAAGCGUGUGUGCCCCCCCCCCCCCCCCCUAGAUGCGGUUUGGUUGGGUCCUGAGGUGAGAACAGUUCACGCGGGCAUUGUCUCCACGCCUUUCUCGCCUCAAGUCAGUCAAGAAUCCAACGACCAAUCAAAAACGGCCUCUUGUUGAGAGAAAACAAAAAAGGAACAACAAUUGAUUCCAUGCCUUUUAUGUAUUUUCUUUUGUUUUAUUUUCCUUGACAGAAAAAAAUUGCUGCUAAUUUAUUUAUUACAAAAAAAUGUGCAGAAUUGACUUACAUUCCAUGGCGUAUGGGGUAAACAUUAUAGUGUCCAUUAAAACCGAAACAUUAACAUACUU